CAGACCUAUAUAUAAAGCCAAGGUUAGAGAGCGUGGAAUACUGAGUUGAGGCCCAUCAUGUAAUAAGAGAGAGGGAGGGAGACAGAGAACAACAAAAUGAUAAAAGCAAAGUAUUAGUCAGAGACAGAUGAACAGAAAAGGGAAGAAGAUGGGUGUGAGAAUAUUGCCUUGAAUUUCACAAGGAUUUAAAGAGUGAGCUGCUUCUUGUUGGUGUUGAGAAGAUAAAAGGAUGAGAGAAUAGAGAUGUGCUGCUCUUGUUGAAGCAGACAAAAGAUUUUGUCUGAGUUAUUUUUCUUUUUUUUUUUUAGCCCCCAAAAUCAAAGGUUGUCUUCCAAUUCUCUCUCUUCUAUCUCUCUCUUUCUCUCUCUGUGGAGAAUGGAGGGAACAGGAUUGUCUUCAACAAGUGAACAGAAAUUGGGAAGGUUCAAAAGGGUGUGUGUGUUCUGUGGCAGCAAAGCUGGAUACAAGUCUACAUAUGCUGAAGCCACUAUUGAGCUUGGUAAAAUACUGGUUGAGAGAAAAAUAAACCUGGUUUAUGGGGGAGGAAGUGUGGGCUUAAUGGGUUUGAUCUCUCAAACUGUGUUUUCUGGAGGCUGCCAUGUUCUUGGGGUAAUUCCCAAGGCACUUCUGCCUCAUGAGAUAUCAGGAGAGACUGUAGGAGAAGUGAAAGCUGUGGCAGAUAUGCACCAAAGGAAGUCAGAAAUGGCUAAACAUGCUGAUGCAUUUGUAGCACUUCCAGGUGGCUAUGGAACUAUGGAAGAAUUGCUAGAGAUGAUAACUUGGGCUCAGCUAGGAAUUCAUGACAAGCCAGUAGGACUGCUAAAUGUAGAUGGGUACUAUGACAGCUUGCUUGCCUUAUUUGAUAAAGGAGUGGAGGAAGGUUUCAUAGACAAUUCAGCCAGGAAUAUAGUGGUAAUGGCAAGCACUGCUGAGGAACUGAUAAAGAAAAUGGAGGUAGGAGGGGGGAAAAGAAGGAGUAUGUGGCUGUCCAUGACAAGGUUGCACCCAGACAAAGAUGGGAAGUGGACCAAUUAUCAGAGUCUACUCAAAGUGGGGAAUCCAUGAGAUCUUAGAUCUCACUCACCAUCAUGCCAUUUGUAUAAAUAUCUGGUGUUGUGUGCUCAAAUUUAAUCAAGGAGAUUGCCAAAAGAUAGACCGGAUCUCUCUCUCUUUCUCUCCAUCUAUCUCACAAGAUCCUCAAUCUUGAUCAAUUAUUUGUAUAUACUCAAAGCUGACCUGUAUUAAAUUCCAUUAAAAUCAAUGGAAUUGUAAGAUCAAUCUCUCUCCCUCUCUCUCUCUCAUCAGGCCAUUGACUAUAUUAAAAAGGCAAGGGAAAACAAACCCUACAAGGUGAAUGGGACAAAAUAGGGUGGCCAAAAGGAAAGGAAAGUGAAGAAGACAUUUUUGUAGGGUAGGGAUGCCCAUUGUACCAAUGGUGCAGCAAAAUUCAUUAUUACAUUUUGAUGUGUGGAUUGCAGAAUUUUGGAUUUUGGGUCUCACUGGGCUUCUGCGAGCUGGGACCCUCCCUGCAGAGUGACCCAUUUGUUCCCUAGUGGCUUCUCUUCACCUCAGUUCCUUCGCAUUAAUAUAAUUAUUAGACAAUCUUUUCCUGCUUGAUAGUGCUGUCAAAAACAUAUUAUGUUCUAGAAUUUAUUAUAAA